AUGUCUCAUCCCAGUACGACAAGCGAAUUGACGGCGGUAGUCAAUCAGCCAUUUGAUGUUCACACCUACGGCGAAUAUGUAACCCCAAGCUACUUCACACACUGUUAUCAUUGGGAUGUACUUGCCAAGCCUAAGGGCGAAGUGAUCAAUCUGCAUCUGACGAAAUCAGUCCAGUUGAUCAGAAUCGGUCGCAAAAAUCCGAACCCUCCCGCUCCUGUUUCGCCAAUUCUUAUGUCCGAGGCUGAGGCAUUCGGGACUCUGCUGCUCGAGAAGUUCGUACAUCAAAUGGCACCAGAAGGAACACUCCCCGAAUAUUAA